AUGGUUCUGUUAGAAUACCUUCAGAAGCCAGCCACACUAUGUAUCGACGAUAGCAAACACCAAAAGCUGCUCCCCUCUUCCGCUCCAAUCCGGGGAUAUCUUCUCAGCGACGAUGCCUCCUUCCAACGACAAAAGUCUUUGUCAGAUCAGACUUGGGGUCUUUUCGCACCGGCGGCAAAAGCGUUAAGGGGCAGCAUCAACUUGGUCAAUCAUACCGUAUCCGGCUUUUAUGAUGGAACCACCGAAGUGGAGAGGAUAGCGGAGAGAAAGAAACAGGAGAUGCGCCAGAUUUCGGCUCUGCGGAUGAGGAAUGCCGAUAGCAUGGAGAAAUGGCAGCGUGCGGCCAAGGAGCUGGAUAUCUUGGAGGACAACGAAGCUUGGAAGAUGGACUCGACCUCUUCUGAAUUCGAUGCGGUUCUCAUUGAGACACGGCUGAAGCAGCUGGACGAAGCUAGGAUAAACUGCGAUGUCAAGUUGAUGAUGUACUUGGUACGAACGGCUUUGUCGAGAGAUUUGGGUGGUAUGGGAAGCAUUCGUCUGUACAAGCACUCUCAUAUUGGAACCAAGAAUUUGAUCGAACGGUAUAUCGAUUCCACUGUCGAUACCAUUCGAAAGAUGGUGGAAAUUAGCAAACAUAAACUACCAGAUGGACUGGAAACGAAGGAUAUACUGGAGCAGGUGGUCUAUGCCAGACAAGCAUUCGGCAGAAGUGCAUUACUGCUUAGUGGAGGUGCUACCUUUGGCAUGAAUCAUGUUGGAGUUCUCAAGGCACUCUUUGAGUCCAACUUAUUACCGCGCAUCAUUUCUGGUGCCUCGGCCGGGAGUAUUGUUUGCGCUGUGCUGUGUACAAGAAUUGAUGAGGAGAUACCCGAGGUCUUGCAAAGCUUUCCACAUGGUGAUCUUGCAGUAUUUGAAGAGGAUGGGAGAGAGGAUACCAUAUUGGAACGAGUGCGACGGCUACUUACCGAAGGAUCCUGGAUCGAGAUCAAGCAUCUCACUCGAGUGAUGCAAGAACUACUUGGGGACAUGACUUUUCAGGAAGCAUACAACCGUACAAGGAGGAUCUUGAACAUUUGUGUUUCCUCAGCCUCGGUAUAUGAAUUGCCUCGACUGUUGAAUUAUGUCACAGCACCCAAUGUGAUGAUUUGGUCUGCGGUUGCUGCGUCAUGCUCAGUUCCUUUGGUGUUUUCUGCCGCUCAACUUUUGGUCAAAAAUCCAGCGACUGGUGAACAUACUCCUUGGAAUCCAACACCGCAGCAUUGGAUUGAUGGAAGUGUUGAUAAUGAUUUACCAAUGACUAGAUUGGCUGAAAUGUUCAACGUUAAUCACUUCAUUGUCUCACAGGUCAAUCCACAUGUGGUCCCGUUUCUCAUCAAGGAUGACGAGAGUAUCACCAAAGACGCGCAAGCCAAUACUUCUGGACCAGGGUGGGUAUAUACCCUCACCAAUCUUGCCAAGGAUGAGGCUUUACACCGUAUGCAUGUACUUGCUGAGAUGGGUGUCUUUCCAAAUCUGGUCACGAAAGCUCGAUCAAUCUUGAGUCAGAAAUAUUCGGGGGAUAUCACCAUUCUACCGCAGAUUGAAUACAAGGAUUUCCCACGAAUGCUAAAGAAUCCAACUACGGAAUUCAUGUUGGCAGCUUGUCUAAGUGGCGAGCGAGCAACCUGGCCAAAACUAAGCAUGAUUCGAAAUCAUUGUGCGGUGGAGUUGGAAUUGGAUGCUGCUGUUCGUAAAUUACGUGCACGAGUGGUGUUUAGUCCCAGUCAAGUUGACCUUCGGAGAAUGACUACUGGAAGUUUAUCGUACUCCAGUGGCAAGCUUGAAAAGAAGAGACGAGAUAGUGGUAGUGAUAUGCAAACAUUAGGUCUAGAUGGGGAUCGAACGGCAAGGAAAAACCACUCCAAACCGCAACUUCGAACCUCGAAUUCCUAUUGGAAUAUCCCCAGAAGAUAUUUACCGCCACUCGCUACCCUCGGCCCUCGCACCACCAAACCACAAGCUCGCGAGAUCGACCCCUUCACCCUCUUCACACCUCUCAAAGCCGCCGAGUUACCCACCGACUUCUCAUCCGCAACCGAGACCGCCUAUUCACCCCCCAGCUCCGACGCAGACAUCGAUUCGCACACCGAUGACAGUACGCCCGAACUCGAAAUGGAAAGCAAAGAAUUCGAUCUGUACGGGAACAAACAUCGUUUCCUGGUAGAAUCCGAAGAUCUAGAUUUUUUUUCUAAUACCCAGCCCGUGACCUCGAGCACGGAUCGGGUUCUUGCUACCUCGCCCUAUUCGUCGAGAAGGGGGUCUGUACAGGCUAAUGCGAAUAUGGGCAUUAUCAUGUCCUCGGCCAGACGAUUCAAGACGGAACCGAGUUCUCCGGAGCAGGUUUAUAAGAAGCAUUUUCAUCUUCAUUCGAAGAGUACUGUGCCUUCGUAG